AUGUUCAAGCGCUCGUUCCGGUCCCAGGACCGAGUCGACAAGUCGGCGAGGCUCAAGAAGUCCACCAACACUACUACAUCAACCCGUGAUCAACAGAAGCUAUCGAAACUGCAGCAGUCGAUAGAGGACACCCUUCCCCAGAAGCGGAACCUCUCCUCGCCCAUCGUCACCCUGGCCGUGGGCAGGGAAGCUCGGCUGUUUGCAGCGCACGAGGAGGUCCUCAUGCAGUCCGCCUUCUUUGAGCGGGCCUGCCGGGAACAGUACCUCGAUGCGCAGAGCAAGCGCAUCUCCAUCCCCGACGAAGAGCCCGAGGUCUUUUCCGCGGUACUCGAGUAUCUCUACAAAGGCGACUACUACCCGCGUCUGCUCCACAACAAGCAGCGCAACGCCUGGGAGCUCGAGGACGCCGUCAAGUCCCCGGACCCCUCUGAAAAAAACCAGGCUGGCCGCGGAGCCGUCGAGCCUACAAUGUUCGUCCACAGCGUGGGCCAACACCUUCUGCGUGACACCGUCAUCUACUGCGCCGCGGACCGCUAUGGCCUCGAGGAGCUCAAGCGCCUUGCUCUUCGCAAGCAGGGCCUGCAGAGUGGAAUCGACGUCGGCACGAUCCUUCGGUCGGCCCGGUACGCCUACGACAACACGCCAGACUCGGACUCCCGCCUCCGCGCUCACUACCUUGCCCUCAUUAUUCGUUGCAGACGAACUUUUAAGAGGAGCGGAACCAUGCAGGCCGAGAUGGAAAACGGCGGCAAGCUCUUCUUCGACCUAUUCGUGGCCUUGUCCAAUCAUCUCGACGACGUCGUCGACCUGAAGAACUCUUCAAGUCCCCGCACUGUCUGA